AUUUGUGGAUUUCUUCUUAUGCCUAGUUGGAUCACAUCUAGUUCUUUUAACGACAGUAUUGUGUGAAGAUAAUUAAAUAAUAAUUUGUGAGUUGUUAUUUAUUAUACAUACGCUAAGUGGAGGAUACUUUGAUUUAUUGUGAGUAGAAUAAUUGUGAAAUAUCAAUCUGCCAGCGUAAUCACACGUUAUCAAUAUGUGUAUGCAUGAAUACAGACGCACUUGAAAUUUGUAACCUAAUCUGUGAAUGGUUAUCUGUUGUGCAAGUGAACCUUUUUCUCUACAGUGGAUUUAUUUCAUUUAUUAUUAUUAGUAUUACUACUACUACUACUGCCAGUACAAGUCAUUAUUGUAGUACACUAAUUCACUGGAUUUCUCAUUUACAUCCUAUGCACUGCAACAAUUAAUCCCGUGGAUAUAUUACUAUCAUCAUUAUCAUCGUAUAAAUGUUUACAUCAUAAAGUUUUGCUUGUACACAUUCUCAAUAAGGGAACAUCAUUUCUGACAGUUCUAUUAACCGACGAUUUCUUCAUUAUUUUGUUUAGUGGAAAUACAAUAGCAAAAAUAAAGUAUGAAGGUGAAAAAUAAACGCCCCUAUAACAGAUCAGAAACGUGUACACGUAGUAGUAGCAGUAGUACAAGUGGUGGUACUAAUAACAAUUCAACACCAUUCCUACCUGAGAAAAUUACUGAACAACUUGAUAAUUUAGAUAGUAGUUACACGAUAACUAAUAAUCCAUCAAGCAGUAACAAUCGUAAACGUUCAUGUGAUCCAACACCGAAAAGCACUAAAACUCGUCACAAAUCGAAUAAACACACAAAUCCCUCCUCCACCAAUAGUACUACUAAUAACAGUAUUGGAAGUAGUAUGUCGCAUGCAAGUGGCAGUACAUCGUUGAAAAUUACUCAUCGUGUUGGUCGUGCACAUCUAUCAUCUGUGAAUACAAAUGUUAACAAUGUCAAUAAUAAUAAUAACCAUACUAAUUCCAAGUCAAGUUGUUGUUCAUCGAAUAAUUGCUCUUCUUCGUCGACAUCAUCCAUUCUCUCUGGUGGAACUAGUGAACCAGUGGAUCCAUAUGAAUUUGCUGUAAAAAGUGAUGAGACAAACAGUCAGUGUGGGUUGAAUGAAAGCUUGUUACCGAUAAAACGAUUGAAAUUAGAAAGAAACGAUGAUCGUUGCCUGAUUACAGAUUCUGCACGUAGUAGUCCAAUGUUGCAUACAACAAGUAAUCGUCUUGAAAAUUCCUUUAAUCAUUCCAGUCCUGGAGCUAAUUCUUCACCACUUGUCCAAUCAUGUACACGUCCAUUAUCUGUAUUCACAGAUUUCUCGUAUUCAAACAAUACUACUAAUAAUAACAGUAGUAAUGGAAGCAGUGGUAUAACACGUAACAAACCGGAUAUUACUGAGAAUUGUAAUAAUAAUAAUACUCGUACACCUAUGACUGUGACAACAGUUCCAUCUACAUCACCCCACCAUUAUCAUUCAAUUACCGAAAUGAAUUCAAAUUUGCUGCUGACAGCAAACACUAAGUCAUUAUUGCAUACAGGACAAAAAUUGCCUGACAGUAGAGCAGAAACACCGCCGACAGUACCAGCAUAUGAUUCUUCAUCCGGUGCUACCUUGACUGCUGCUACUGCUACUCCAAACACUACUCCUGGAGGUACUGUUAGUGAUAACAAUGAUAUUGCGCACAACAAUGCAUACAGCCGUUCUUUUCCAUUUAAUUCUGCAUCAAGUAACUUUGAAAAACCUUAUCGAUCCGAAGCACCACAAUUCUGGAUUACUACAACGUCACCACUGUUAUCAACAGCGACAAAUACACCAACAACAGCGGGGAUGUUAGCAGCUCCGACAUCGUAUUCAUCAUUGUUAGUAUCAUCACAACCAAUGUCAAGUUGUUUAUCUUCAUCGCCACCAUUUACGUCAGAUGCCACGUCAGUAGCAUCAGUAGCGGCAGCACCUAUACCUCCAUUGCAAUCCUCUUCGGUAAUAUCCAUUGCUCCGACAUUAUCAUCAGUACCAUCUAGUCAAUAUUGUACAUCAUCAUUUAACGCUUGUCCACCAGUGAAACCUGAACGACGAUGUACUGGUGUAAAUACUCUUCUUGAUAACUGUAAGGCUACACUAACAGAACCAGACCUGUUGGGACCAUGUGAACCAGGAACUACAAUAUGUCUAAAUGGAAUUGUUUGGUUAGAAACAACUACCGGAGUUUUAGUAGUCAAUGUGACAUGGAGAGGUCGAACGUAUAUCGGUACACUGCUGGAUGCAACACAACAUGAUUUUGCACCUCCAUGUCCACGAGAUUAUGUACCGCCUUUCAAAUCUUCAAUCAGAUCUAGCAAUCGCACAAAACGUCGAACAGGUGUUGGAUCGAAUUACAAGUCAAAUUUAGGAAGUCAUAUGGCUGAGUGUAGUUGGAAGUCUGGAUCGUCAUCGUCAUCGGCAGUAGCAAGACAUCGGCUACGUGGUCGAGCUUCCAAUUCACUAGCAGUUAUGCCUGAGACAAUUUCAACCACUCGACCAAAUACACAACAACAAAUGAUAAAUUUAACAAAAACUGACACCAGUAAAGAGACAACUGGAGACUCUGUAUCCGGUGAUACAGAUCUGAUCCAGUGUCUUCCUCAAAGAUCUGAUGAAGAAAUUUCGCGUAACUCUAAUCGAAAUACAAAACUUCACAAAAGUCGUAAACUUUUCCGAGGAAGUAGCACAUCAUCAAGUGAUUGUCCAUCUGAAGUACUACCAGAUCUUGAAAAGUCUUCUGAAUUAGGAGAUGUUCCAUGUAAAUCAGGCAGCACAUCUGAUCAAGUAAUGAUGGAUUCACAAAGACCUGAUCAUUCCCGACCACAGACACCACUGUGCUCAAACAGUGCCAACAACAGUUGUAAUAACAAUAGUAAUCCACAAUAUUCUGAAGAGAACUCUACAAGCGAUGAAUUACACGACACCUUUCCAAUAUGCUGUCCAAUUGAUGGUUGUAAAAAACGCUUCUCUCAUGUGCUAGCCUUACGUUUUCAUCUGAAUCAUACACCUCAUGAUAAUCUACCUGGUGGAAAUAAGAAACGUGCCUCCAAUGUUGAUUCCAAUCAAGACUUUGAUAAUUGUAUACAGAAGAAUUGUGAUUCAAUUCAGAUGAAAUCUCCUCCGAGUAUUUCACCAUUGUGUCCUUCUAGUCCUGGUUCACCGGUUGCACAUACAAUAACAUCUUCAUCAGAUAAUAAACAAUCACUACAACCAUCGUUGAAUAAUGAGUCACUUGCACACCCGACUCCACAAUCACAGCCGCAACAGCCAGAGCAACAAAGUCGUCAGUAUGAUGAACACCACCACGAUAGUCAUUCUAAUCCUCGUUAUCACCGACAAUGUGAAUAUGAACAAGAAAGAACUUCUAUCCAACCAUCGAACAUGUUCAAUCAUAAUUACAAGCUAUUGGAUGAUACUAAUGAGCAUAAAUUUAUGGAUACAAAUCUACCUAGAGACUUAACAACCGGUAUUAACAAUAAUGAUAAUAGUAAUAAUGAUAAUAAUAAUAAUGGUAAUAAUACUAACAAAAGUUUAGGCCAUUCAAUUAGUGGACAGAUCAGUGAAAUCAAUAAAUAUCCUUCCAGUAAAAAGCGUUUAUCUACUUCAGUGUUAUGCACUAAUAAUCCCUUUAUGAAUGAGAUCAAUUCCACAGGGAGUAAUGUUCGUACGGUUACAGCACAUACAGUCUCAGUACCACAUGGUUCUUUGGAGUGUGGAAACAAUUCAAAUUUACGACCUAAUAACAACAGCACCAAUAAUAAUAAUAAUAAUAAUAGUAAUAAUAAUAAUCAAUCAUCUUUCUCCUCUAAGCGAAGUUUGUCAUCAAAUCCACGUGAUUUGAGUAAGCAUAAGUCGUCUCAUCAAUCAUCCAGUAAAAGUUCUAAUCAAAAUACGAAGACAGAUAGUACUAUGACGAUGAUGAUGAUGCCGACUACGAAUUAUUCACGUUAUUCCGGUCUUCCUGGUAGUCGUGUACACGAGCACAACAAUAGUAAGGAGGUUAAUGAUUCUAUGAGUUUACCGAUGUGUCACGUAGCCCCGAAUAUAGCUAGUUCUUCUUCUCCAAGGUUCAAGAGUUCAACUGCUAUCUCAGAAGCAAACUAUACAAUAUCUAAUGAAUUAAGCCGUGGUCUUUGUGGGAAUAGUAACAAUAGUAGUGCUGGUAGCAAUCUGAUGCCAAAUCUUCAAAAUGCCUGGAAUUUUCAAAUUCCAUCCACACAUUCUAUGCCAUUACCAUCCUCUAUUAAAGAUUAUGAUCAAAAAUCUACAGGCAAUUCAUUAGCUAACGGUGGUUCAUCUCAUCUACCUACAUAUUCCAACUCUUGUAACUUCACAUCAACAAAUGAAGCGAUAAAUCAUCGUGAACUGUCAGCACCUCAACUAAUCGACUCUAAGCAUUUCAUUCCAACAGGUCAUCUACCUGGGACAAGUAUAACUACUUCAACAAAUCAGAUUAUGGAUCCUAAUAGUAUAUAUUAUGGUAUACCAGACUUUUUAGUUGCUGCACUGAGUACACUAACCUCCAGUGCAUCAUCACCUUAUUCUUGUAUACCUGAAGCUUUUAGAUCAUAUAUGCAUCAGCAGCAUUCCUCGACGCUUUCAAUGAAUUCACCAUUGGUUAACUUUUCACGUGCUACGGACAAUAAUAAUACUACUACUAAUAAUAGUCCAAUGAUUAAUAUUCCUAAGGCGCAUAAUUCAUCCACAACGUUAAACACAUCAAUUCCUUCUAAUUCUUCAUCUUCACCAUGUACACCAUUAUUGGAUGGAGUUAACAAUCCACGAUUUUUUAAUCCACAAUUAUUUCAAAAUUUAGGAUCUAAUCUUCCUGUACGAAAUUUUGCAUCACCUAAUAUGCCUUUACUUCCUGAAAGAUUAGACCCAUUGAAACUUUCUGCAGCUUAUUUGAUGCAGUAUACGAAUCCAGGUACACAGUUAUCCUCAUCGUCAUCAACAUUUGGUGGUAGUCAGUUUCCUUAAUUUUAUUCAGUCUACGAAGUAGUUCACUUUUGGUUUCCCAUAUAUUUUAUGUCACAGAUUUGUCUUUCAGUAAUUAUAAUACUUUAUACAAUAUACAUAUAUACCUACUAAUAAACUCUCUAUACCAGACAUAGUAAUGGAUAUCUUUGUUUGUUUCCGUUCCUCUCCCUUUUCCUGUGAGGAAGUAAUCCUAGCAUCUGUUGUAAAUCAAAUAUUUUCCAUGUAUGUGCACUUCAACUAAAUAUACAAAAGAUGUGAACAAGAAAGAAAUUCUUGUUGUGACCUACAACUUAGAGUGUAGAAUCUGAAUAAAUACCACAAUAGUUUGAUCAAGAUUAGCUAUUUGUUUAUAACUAGUCCAGUGUAGAGAAGAAAGUGUAUUCCUUUCUUGCUGUUACUAACUCGGCUUCACUUCUUUUUGUUUAUUAAGUUGUGACUUUAUAAUUCUUUCUUGCUGGUUCUCUUUGACUACUGUUAUUUUUAUCAUCAACAUCAUCAUCGUUACUGUGUGUUUCUUCUCUUCAGAAAAACUCGAAUGAAAUGUUUUCUUUCAUACAUGUCUAUGGCCUUGACACUCACAUAUAUUUGUUUAUUUCAUAGUAAGCAAAUGCAUCUUAUAUAUAUAUAACAGAAUAUACUUGUAAAAUACAAUCUUCUGCCAACGUGUGUACAAUAUGCUUUGUUCCACUUCAUAUAUUGCUCUGUUUUGUUUUGCUUUGAGCGCCUAUUUGUUUAAUCAAUUUCUAUGCACAAGGAUAUGUCAUAGAUAAAGUUGCGUCCUAUUGUUUACCUAAUCCGUGGGAGAAAUGCAUCUUAGUUCUGUUUGUUGAGGAAAAGACCACAUAAAAGUGGAUACAACUAUGCAUGUAUAUGUGUUUCUUUGAUAAAAUGGAAUCAGACAAACAAUAUUCAUCAGAAAAAAAAUGUAAUAACUGAUCUGAUUUUAUUCAGUUUCAGCAUUUAAAAUGCCUUUUUUUCUGUGUGUAGUACAUUCUCCUUCUCACAAUCUGUUGUGAAAUCAUCUCACAAUUAUUCUUACUACACACAGACAUAUACGCAUCAAUUCGAAAGUGUACAGACAUGCACACGUACACAUAUGUAUCGAUCAAAUUAUUAUGCAUAUCCUAGUCCAUGUGUAUGAUGACAAUUCUUCUUCUCAAUGGAUUGGAUGCAGUGACAGGUACAAUACGGACACAUAAGUAAGCAGACAGACAUGUAAAAUCCCCCAAUAAUUAGGCUUUUUUCCCUUUAUCGUUACCCCAAUUCCUCGUAACGCUUUCUAUGUUUUAGUUAUUAUUUUCACUGCACAAGUUUUUCUUCUGUAGCUUGUUAAGGCGUGAACAAUUGUAUUCACAUAUACUUAUUUAUUUACUGUUACAUUUUUAUUAUUCAUUCAUUCACUAACUUAUAAUAUUUUUGAGUGACCUUUAAAUUUUCAGCUGGGAUUAGUGAUCUAUUUAGUCUCUUUCGUCUCUCUUUUCUACGUUUAUCAUAUUUACACACAAACAUGUAUGCGUGUGUGUGUAGUGAGUGCAUGUAUGUGUAUGAUAUGUAUCAAACAUUAUUUAAUUGUUACUAUGGUGAUUCUCAACAGUCGAUUUCACUCUUACAGUUUCUUUUUCUCUCUUCGUUUUCUAUAAUGUUAAAAAGUUCACACAAAAGAAACAGCAAUAAAAUUUCAUAGUCUUC